AGUAGGUCAAAGGUCAACCUACAACAAGGGGAAAUGGCCGCCGUGCGACACAGAUAGCAGAAGUAUUCACCGAAACUUUUUGUUUCUCUCCUUUCCCUGGCUUACCAGUAACUUAUCUGAUGAACAGGAGAACUCAUAGGUAUACAGCAAACCCACAUAGCGACUAGAAAGCCAUGGCGGAGUCAACAGACGAUUUGUUAGAGCCGUUUUUAUCGCCAGAAGAAAAUGGAGACCUUCCCACUGCGUCCAAGUCCUUCCAAACAAGAUCACGAGACCCAACCAGAAUCACUAACGUCGUUAGUGAUUCAGGUGAUUUGGACCAAUCAGAGGUGAUGAUGCAUAGAGCAGCUCCUCUCUCACCUGAAAUGGUCUAUGAGAAGAGCCAUCAUAGGCAGCCAAUCAUAAUGAGUGACUCAGAAAGUGAGACAGACCAAUCAGAAAGCACACUACAACAUCGAUCAGGUGGCUGUCUUGUCUAUGGAACUGUUGCUGUACUGGUGUUUGUGAACCUGUUGAACUAUAUGGACCGGUUUACACUCGCAGGAGUGUUGAUAGACAUCCAGUCCUUCUAUGGCAUCAGUAACAGUGAUGCAGGGCUGCUGCAGACCUCCUUCAUCCUGAGUUACAUGGUGCUGGCACCCCUGUUUGGUUACUUAGGCGACAGGUACAACAGGAAGUUCCUGAUGGCUGCUGGGAUACUGUUCUGGUCAGGGACAACAUUAGCAGGGUCCUUCAUACCCAAGGAGCAUUUCUGGCUAUUCCUGUUCAUGCGAGCCAUGGUGGGGAUUGGUGAGGCCAGUUACUCCACCAUCGCUCCCACCAUCAUCGCAGACAUGUUCACUAAGGACAGGAGAACCACCAUGCUCACCUUCUUCUACUUCGCUACACCUGUGGGCAGCGGACUAGGUUUCAUUGUGGGAACCAACGUUGCAAAGCUGCUCGGGGCGUGGCAGUGGGCGCUGCGUGUCACCCCGAUCCUGGGUGUUGUCGCUGUGAUCCUGAUCCUACUGUUCGUACCGAACCCGCCACGUGGGGAGGCAGACGGUGGGAACGCUAGGCUGACCAACACCAGCUUUCUUACUGACCUCAAACAACUAUGUAGGAAUGGCAGUUUUAUGUUGGACACUGCAGGUUUCACAUGUGUGUCGUUUGUGACUGGAGCUCUGGCGUUGUGGGCACCUUCCUUCAUUGCUUAUGCCAUGACGGACGGACACAAACCAACUGACAAGAUGCAAGCAGACAUCGCCCUGAUAUUCGGAGGGAUCACCUGUGCUGCUGGUGUGAUCGGCACGGUCGCCGGGGCAGAGUGGGGCAAGCGGUGGAAGAAGAGCAACCCCACGGCCGACCCGCUCGUGUGUGCCAUCGGCAUGCUGGGAUGUACGCCAUUCCUGUACUUUGCACUGCUGCUAUCGAGGACCAACAUCAUUGUAACAUAUGUCUUAGUGUUAAUUGGUGAAAUCUUCUUGUGUCUAAAUUGGACACUGGUAGCAGAUAUUGUGCUGUAUGUAGUCAUUCCAACAAGAAGAUCAACAGCAGAAGCAGUACAGAUUGUCAUCUGUCACUUGUUAGGGGACGCUGGCAGUCCCUACCUCAUCGGAAUUGUAUCAGAUGCAAUAGCCAGUGGGCAUGACAACUACAUCAUCAAGUACCAGAGUCUGAAGUACGCACUUCUCAUCAACACGUUUGUGUGCGUGAUCGGAGGGGCGUUUUUCCUGGGCUGCGCUUUCUUCAUCGUGGGGGACAGGGCCAGAGCAGACAGGAUAACCAGGGGAGAGCAAGCUCCUGAGAUAGCAGAUGACAACAGCCACUUCCCACCAAUAAAUGAUCCAGGAGGAUCUGUUGAUGUCGUGAUUUGAUAUGUCGUUUUCUAUUGUUGUUUAUGGUCUAUUUUGUAAACACUGCUAAAGGAGCGAAUUUGUCUUUUCUUCCUAUGGUUCUGUUCUCCUGGUCCUGGAAUUGCACCCUAAAUGACGUCAUGCGGUUAAUUGCUGCUGCCAAAUCAACCAAUGGGGUUCUGCACCUGAUGAUCCAAUCAUCCAAACAACCAAUCAUCACAAAUCAUCCAUCCAUACAUCAAUCAACUGUACCUAUGUGGAAUGAUGUAUGCUGUAACCAAUCAUGUGACCAAAUCUAUGAUCUAAUGACUUUGACCAAUGAUCAAUCACUGCACGCUGCAACACACAAACUGUCAAUCAAUCACCUUGUGAAUUGUAACUAACCAAUCACAGGAGAGGAGUCAGAGCAUAGUGACUUGGGUAACAACUUAAUUUUACCAGUGGAUCCUCUAGAUAGUUAUCUUCAUCAGACAGAGACUUUAAUGGAUGGAAACACCAGGACUUAAAAUCAUUGAAAUUAUGAAAAAUAAUUAUUUUACAUUGCAUGCUGUAAAUAAAUUUGUAUUGUAUAGAUACCGCAUAAGUCCUCAUUUUGUUGUAGCUUCAUUGGCCAUAUAAUCUUAAGCUGAUGCUUUUGAUUAUUUUCUAAAAAUGCCUCAAACAUUUCUUUUGUCAUUCUCUGGGCAUUGUUUUCUCCAUUGUGUUUACCAGAUUGAUUGUUUUUUGGGAAGGACAGAAAUUCAGUGAAUAAAAUUUGCAGUGCAAUGUAUUGAUGUAUGUAUUUUCAAACAGAAUGCAGUAAAGGACCAAAUAAUUUACAUGUCAUGUUUUUAGCAUUUUGGUUCUUAUGACAAUUAUUUCUCUGUGUCCAGUUUUGAAAUAUUUUGUCAUCUUUGGCAGAAUACCUCUUAAAAUUUUGUUCUCAACCAAGAUAGUGUAACAAUAAAUGCAUGUAUUUCUAGAAUUCAAUGUAGAUGGUAUAUACUGUAUCAUGUGUAAUAAUGAAAAUAGCUCUGUUGUACAAAUUAAAGAAUAGUGAUGGUAAAUGCUAUUUUCCUAGAAGUUAGAAUUAAGUAUACACAAGAGUGUAAGUUGUACAAAGAGUUAUGACAUUAUUUUCUAUAAUUGAAAUUGUAAAUCAUGACCCAGAUGGAGUUUUGAAGACGAUUUCAAUAUAUAUUUUGUGGUUGAUUGUAAAUAAAUGUACUUUGUGCUAAAUUGGAAAGGUGAUGAUAUAUACAUUGUACCAUGUCAUUUCCAACUUACAAUUUAUACAGAAAAAAAAUGAACCUGCAAAUUGAACCCAAAACUGUGCCAGGAAAUUGAGCCAAUGACAAAACAAUGAACAACAGUAAGCAAUUAAAUUUUGCAGGAAGGUUUAUUGCAUAACAGACCAUAUGUACAAAGACCACUAGAACUCAACAAAACCUAUAAGAUUUCCACCACCCAAGAAAAAGUACUGAAAAAAAAUUAAUUUAGUUCAACUAGAAAGUAGAACAACUUUCGAUUCUGCAACAAGCAUUUAUGUACUGCUAAAGGAGUUGACUUCUUAUUUAGUUAAAUCCACACUUGUAAACAACAAAGAGUGUAAAGGUGAUUUUUUUGCAUAAUGGAUAAGGCUGCCAUCUAUACAUACGUAUUUGUACUGCAACUAAGAGUGCAAUUUAUACAUACACAUGUACAAGGAAAUUAUUAUAAAAUUCUGGCUGUCAACUUUCUGAGUACAAUAAAAGAUUCCCAGAA